AUGUUCACAAAUUAUCAAUAUCAAAUCUGGGUCUACGAGUGUCAAAAAUUGAUUCAAGAAAGAAAAAUUGCUAAAAUGAAGAAAAAAAGAAUUUUAGCUGCUCUGUUUUUAAACGAGGUAGGAUUAUUCAAAAGAAAUUAUACGAAGAAACGUUAUUGGAUUCAUCCUUUAUUUAAAUUACGGGACGAUCACGGAUUCAUCGAGGCUAUAUUUCCAACUCUUUUAUCAUUUCCGGGAAAAUUCGAAAAUUAUUUUCGAAUGAAUGUGGAACAAUUCGAAGAAUUAUUAGGUUUGGUUGGUCCUUUGAUUAGUAAACAAAAUACUGUAAGAAACUCUAUUUCAGCAACAGCAAGACUUGCAAUGACCCUAAGAUACUUGGCAACAGGUGAUUGUAUGGCUUCAGUAUCCUAUCAUUAUCUUUGUCCUGAUAAUGCUGGCUCAGCGUAUUAUAAUUAUAAAAAUCAUCAUAGUGUUGUUUUAAUGGCUAUUUGUAAUGCGGAUUAUUCAUUUGUUUGUGUGGAUAUUGGUGCUUAUGGUCGACAAAGUGACGGUGGUAUUUUCAAAAAUUCCGCGUUUGGUCAAAAAUUUGAAUAUCAGCAAAUGAAUGUGCCGCAACCA